AUGGACUCUACUAUGCCAGAAGUGAAAGAGCCCAACCCGGCGGAUCUGAUCUGGUCGGAGCGGCUCAAAACCACCUUCGAUAUAAAUAAAAUGCAUGAGUUUAUCGAAGGAUCCGAGCCGGAAGCCCUCGAGACACUACGUCUGAUGCAGCAAUUAGAGCGUGACCCGGUGCUAAACACUGGAGCAGCAUACUACCAGCUCUCAAAAGACGAGCACCGAGAGAUCACCGCGCGCAAAAUCGCUCGCAUGGCCCAGUACAUGGAAAUCGAUGCUCCCAACUACUCGCGCUUCCAGAACAGGCUGAACCUGAUUGCUGUUGUCGAUCCCCAGCUGGGAACUCGGAUUGGCGUUCAUCUGGGCCUCUUCUUGGGAGCAGUGCGUGGCAACGGGACCGAGGAGCAGUUUAACUACUGGGCCAAAGAACGCGGCGCGCUGAGCAUCAACGGGGUGUACGGGUGUUUUGCCAUGACGGAGCUGGCGCACGGAUCCAACGUUGCUGCCUUGGAGACCACUGCCACGUAUGACAAGCAGCGGGACACUUUUGUCAUCAACACUCCUCACGUGGGUGCGACUAAGUGGUGGAUUGGAGGCGCUGCCCACUCUGCGACACACACUGUCUGCUACGCACGGCUGAUUGUGGACGGAAAAGAUUACGGAGUCAAAACGUUUGUCGUCCCUUUGAGAGACUCAAGACACGUGCUUCAUCCGGGUGUUAGUGUUGGCGACAUUGGAGCAAAGAUGGGGCGCGAUGGUAUUGACAACGGAUGGAUUCAGUUCAGCCAUGUGGAGAUUCCUCGCAAGUUCAUGCUUUCGAAAUACACCAGCAUCACCGACGAUGGGGAGGUGCUGGAUCCUCCGCUGGCACAGCUUGCGUACGGAGCUCUACUGGGGGGAAGGGUCACAAUGGUGACCGACUCAUUCCGCACCAGCGAAAGAUUCAUCACCAUUGCAUUGAGAUACUCUGUUGGGCGGAGACAGUUCACGAAGAAAGGCCAGAAGAUCGAGAACCAGCUGAUUAACUAUCCCUUGCACCAAAGACGGCUGCUUCCUUAUCUCAGCUGGACAUACGGUAUGGCGAUUGCAUCCCAUGCGAUCCAGCUGUCCUACAAGCAAACGCUGGAAAAACUAGACGAAGGAGUUGAAUCAGGAGAUUUCCAGCAACUCCAACAGGCAAUAACCGCACUCAAAACAUUGUUUGGCGAAUCUGCCGCCCUCAAGUCGACCUGUACAUGGACCUGUCUAAAUCUGAUCGAGGAAUGUAGACAGGCGUGUGGCGGCCACGGAUACUCGGCAUACAGCGGCUUUGCCAAGGGGUAUGUGGAUCACGCUGUGCAAUGUACGUGGGAGGGCGACAACAACAUUCUUGCUCAGAAUAGUGGACGUAUCACCGUGCAGAAGGUGAUGGCGUUCAAGAAAUCUGGUAAGGCCUCCCGGGAAUACGAGUUUUUGGCCAAGGCAGUUGAGACAGGUGAAAUUUUGGCAGCAGACACGAUCACGCAUUUAGGAAAACUGGUUUCCGCAUUUGAUGCUCUCAUUCUGAGGCUAAGUCUUGAUUGCAUCGAGGCGCUCAAGGAGAACAAUGACUGGGACUCGAUUGCCCCGGAGAAGCUGACCCUGUCGAAGCUUUAUGCCUGUCGCUUUAUCUUGGCAAAAUGGGUUGAGAAAAUGAACAGCUUGAACGAAAACAAUGGCGACAUUGUUACCCCUUUGGUGUCGCUUGCUCAGUUGUUUGCCCUGACGAACAUUGAGGCGUUUGGCUCGCAAUUUUUGCGGUUUGGGAUCGUCUCGGCUAGCACGUUCAAGGCUGUGCUGGAGAAGAUUGGAAUCCUGUGUCGUGAGAUCCGGCCGCUGGUGAUUGGUCUCACGGACUCGUUCAAGAUGAGCGACUUCUUCAUCAAUUCCACCUUGGGAUCGUACAACGGCGACAUUUACCACCAUUACUACGGGGUGGUGAAAAUGCUUAACGAGCCGUCAAAAAUCAAAGCCGAGUACUCUGCAGAUUUCGAACAAAACCUACAUCGGGGCACAGUCGAGGAGCGAGAAAACUUUGAGCGGACGAGCCAGACCUUGCGGAAAUUAUAG